AAAAGUACACUUCCACUCACUGAAUAAAAUAAAAAUUAAAAAAAAGAAUAAAAAAUGGUUAUUACCAAAUCCCCCAAAAAUCACCGACGAUAAUGCUCUCAUCUCUGUGCAACAGCAGCAGCCUUGGUUCUGCUAUAUCCCGACGACACUCUCCCCGCUGUCAAAGAUUCUCUCCUUCCUCCUCUCUUACUUUCUCUCUCUUUUUCUCUAACCCUAAAAUCAUGAUUCUCUCUCCUCAGAUCUCUCCUUAAUUCUCCCCAAUUCCUUCCAUUUCUUCCCUCUCACUAUUUUAUUUCUUAUUAAAUUCAAAAUUAAUUAUAUGGGGUGUGCGAGUUCCAAACUCGACGACCUACCGGCGGUUAUACUCUGCCGGGAAAGAGUCGAGUUUCUUUCUCUGGCGCUCCAACAACGGUAUGCGUUUGCUGAAUCCCACGUGGCGUACAUCCACUCCCUUCAAUCCGUUGGUGAUUCUUUCCAUCGUUUUUUUGACUCUCCCGCCGGAAUUCAACCGCCGCCUCCGCUUCUCGACCUUCCUCCUCAACGCAAACUCGCUGAGCAAGAUUUGCCACCGCCGGCGGCUGUUGCUGCUGAUUCCGGUCAUUUGUCUCACUCUAAUUCUGGGUCUCACCUUCACUUUCACACGGAUUCCGACGAUGAUGAUGACGACGAGGAUGAUGAUUCCGCUUCUGGGUCACUCCACCACCACCAUAACCACGACUCUCCUCCCAGAACUGGUAUGAUGUAUGAGGAACGCUCAGAGGGUGGCGCUGGUGGAAGAGACGGAGGCUUUAUUCCGGGUGGCGGCGGAUUUAUCCAGGGUGGUGGUGGUGGCGGUUUUAGCCCGGGAAAUGGUGGGUUUAACCCGUAUAUGUAUUCAAAUGCUGGAAAUGGGUAUCCUAAUAUGCAGAUAAAUUACAUGAAGAAGCAUGUGACACCGUCUGUAUCAUAUGAACAGAGGCCUGUAAGUUACCAGACGGAGACAGUUCAAUUUGGUGAUCCAUCGUCUUCUUCUACUAAUUAUUAUGAUUAUUAUGGUGGUAAUAACAAUAAUAAUAAUAACAUGAAUACUAAUAUUAAAGAUAGUAAUGGGUAUAUGAAUUAUGGUGGUUUUUUCGGCGCGCCUGCCCCGCCACCGCAAAGAGACGGAGGGUAUGGGGGUUGGAAUGGUGGGCCGCCACCACCACCGCAAAGAGGCGGUGUAUAUGGGGGUUGGAAUGGUGGGCCGCCACCACCAAUGGGGCAAACUAAGCCGGCCCCGCCUCCACCCCCUCCUCCGGCGCCUUCGACUUCACCGUGGGAUUUUAUGAAUUUGUUUGAGAGUAUUGAUAGUCAUUAUCCGCCUUAUACCCCAAGUAGGGACUCUAGGGAGGUGAGAGAAGAAGAGGGGAUUCCUGAUCUGGAGGAUGAAGAUAACGAGCAUGAGGUUGUGAAGGAAGUUCAUGGGCAUCAGAAAUUUGUUGAUGAUAAUCAUGGUGGGAAUGGUGGUGGUGGUGGUAGUGGUAGUGGUGGGGGUGGUGAGGCAAAGGGCGAUUCGAAGAGAGUGGAGGAAGAGGUUGUUGGGGUAAGUGAGGGUGAUGGCGGUUUGUAUAGAGAGAGGCCUAGCGCAUCGUCGCCUGAGAGUACCCCAGUAGAGUAUGAGGUUCAUAUAGUGGAAAAGAAGGUGGUUGGUGAGGAGGGGAAGUCGGAUCAGCAAGGGAAAGGCGGUGGAAGGCCGGGUUUUAGGAGUGUUUUCGAGGUUGUGAGGGAAAUUCAGGUACAAUUUGAGAGGGCUGCCACUUCUGGGGGUGAGCUUGCUAAGGUGCUUGAAGUGGGUAAACUCCGUUAUCAACGAAAGAAUGCUGCUUACCAAGUUUCUACAAAGAUGUUGAAUGUAAUUACUCCAUCAUUACCUUCAUCGUCGAAAGACGAGGCUUCUUUAGUGGUUGAUGAAGAUGUGCAAUUGCGAUCAGUUAAUCUUUCAGCUACCUUGCAAAAGUUGUAUCUUUGGGAGAAGAAACUCUUUGACGAAGUAAAGGCUGAAGAAAAAAUGAGGGUUUCGCAUGAUAGAAAAGUGGAUAAAUUAAAGCAUUUGGUUGAAAAAGGUGCCGAACCCACCAAGAUUGAUUCAACAAGAAGCGUGGUGAGGAGUCUAUCCACAAAGAUAAGAAUUGCAAUUCAAAUUGUUGACAAGAUAUCAGCAAAAAUAAAUAAGCUCAGAGAUGAAGAGUUGUGGCCACAGUUGAAAGAGUUACUCCUAGGUCUGAGUAGGAUGUGGAAAGCUAUGCUGGAGUGCCAUCACAGUCAGUGUGAGGCAAUUGAUGGGGCAAGGGGUCUAGAUGCAAUUGCAUUUCCUAGCAAUCCGAGUGAUACACAUCUGGAAGCCUCGUUACAGCUUGAACACGAUCUUCUAAAUUGGACAUGCCGGUUCACAGAAUGGAUAGGUGCUCAAAAGGGUUAUGUAAGAGCCUUGAAUCGUUGGCUUCUGAAAUGUAUUUUAUAUGAACCGGAAGAAACAGCGGAUGGGAUAGCUCCUUUCUCACCUGGGAGGGCAGGGGCACCUCCAAUCUUUGUUAUAUGCAACCAAUGGGAUCAAUCAUUGGAAAGAAUAGCAGAGACUUCUGAGAAGGAAUUGGUUGAUUCUUUACGCGUGUUUUCAAUGAUGGUUUUGCACUUGAGAGAACAAGAUAAGGGAGAAUUACGGCAGAGGAUGACUGCAAAUAGAGAUAUGGAAAGGAAAGUGAAGAACUUGGAGAGAGAAGAUAUAAAAAUGCAGAAGAAGAUGGUAUUAGUUACAGCUUCUGGGGACUCUGAUGGUGUGUCCUCGUUAUCUGGGAAUGUAGUUUACCAGAGUGACACAAGCAGCAAGGCUAGUUUACAGGCUGGUCUAAGGCAUGUAUUUGAAGCUUUGGAUAGAUUUACAACAGACUCAGUGAAAGCUUAUGAGGAACUCCUUGAACGCAGUGAAGAGGUGUUACGGGAACAUGGAGGAAAUGUUUCAUAAGCCUAGCCUUUGGCAGGUAAAUCCAUAAUUACUUGAAUUUUGUACCAAUAGGACCUUUAGAUGUAGGAUUUGCUGGGUUGGGGAGACGCAAGUCUUGUCUUUGUAAUUGCCCAUAAUUUAGAGAUGCUACCGUACCGUACCGUGUAUAGAAAAUGUUAGGGAUCACAUAAGAUCAGGUGUAACAGUUAUUUAGUUGUACAGAAUCUUGGACCUAUUUAUUACUCCACCCUACACCGAUAGGAAGUUCUGGUGAUUGAAAUUUGUUGUCUUUAAUUCCUCUAAUAAACCAAUCGAUUAUUAUAAUACAGAUUUUGAUGUUCAUUUUACUUAAA